GAGAUGGCGAUUUAGCAGCAGUAAAGCAUUGACAUAAUUAUGGGGGCGUUAGGACAUGGCUUUCUUGCUCAGUGAUGGUACUCUGUGGGGUUUUUUGAAAUCUCUGCGGAGCCCUUGGGCCAGACCCCAUAGUGAAGGCUGCAGGAUCUUCCUUCCAGCUCCACAAGCUCACACUGAGUCCACCGACCAGCCUGGCCUCAGGGUCUCAAGAAGAGCAGCGUUGUGGGCAAGAGAGUCCAAGGGUUGAAGAAGAUGCCAGCCAACCAGAGCUAUCGCCAGUGGUCCCCAGACCUGGCUGCAGAGGGACAAGGCAGCAUGUGUGAGGCUUCAGUGUCAUUCGAGGAUGUCACUGUGGACUUCAGCCAGGAGGAGUGGCAGCACUUGGACUCUGUUCAGCGGCGCCUGUACUGGGAUGUGACACUGGAGACCUACAGCCACCUGUGUGCAGUGGGUUACCAAGUUCCCAAACCAGAGGUCAUCUUCAGACUGGAGCAAGGAGAGGGGUCAUGGACAUUGGAGAAAGAAACUCCACAUCACAGCUGCUCAGAUGAGGAUUUUGGGCAAACUCAACAACAGAGAAUUUCUGGAGAAGUUUCAUUCCACUGUGAGAAAAUUGGUCAAUCCAUAGGAAAAGAUUCAUUGUGUUCCAUUAUAGAAGAACUGUGGCAAGGUAAUGACCAGCUAGAAAGAAAUCAAGAAAACCAAAAUAACCCUUUAAGUCAUGUGAAAAUAUUGACUAAGGAGAGGGGCUAUGAAUAUAAAAAUAUUGAAAAAAUAAUUCAUGUGAGUACCAGGCUUGUUCCUUCAAUUAAAAGACUCCAUAACUUUGAUACAUUUGGAAAAAGUUUGAUGCAUACUUUAAAUUUACAUAACCACAAUAAAAGCAAUGCAACAGAGAACUUUGAUAAGAUUUUUGGAAAUGGUAACAAUUUUGCACAUAGCUCUUCCUUUAUUAAGAAUGAGAAUGCUAAUAGAGGAGCAAAGUCCUAUGAACUUAAUCAAUGUGAAAAACAUCUUGAGCACAAACAAGUUCUCACCCACCAUCAGAAAAUUCAUACUGGAGAGAAACUUUAUGUAUGUACUGAAUAUGUGAAUACCUUUACCCAGGAGUCACAUCUUUUUGAGCAUCAGAGAAUUCAUGCUGGAGAAAAAUCUCAUGAAUGCAAUAAGGAUGAGAAUAUCUUCAUUCAGAAGCCACAAAUUGAGGUACCUCAAAGUGUUUACACAAGAGAGAAACCUUUUAUAUGUAUUCAAUGUGGGAAGGCUUUUACCCUCAGGUCAAACCUCAUUACACAUCAGAAAAUUCAUACUGGGCAGAAACCCUAUAAAUGCAGUGAAUGUGGAAAAGCCUUUUUCCAUAGAUCAUAUCUCUUUAGACAUAUGAGAAUUCAUACAGGAGAAAAACCUUAUGAAUGCAAUGAAUGUGGAAGAGGAUUUUCUCAGAACUCUGACCUCAGUAUACAUCAGAAAACUCAUACUGGAGAGAAACACUAUGCAUGCAGUGAAUGCGGGAAAGCCUUCACAAGAAAAUCAGCACUCAGGAUGCAUCAGAGAAUUCACACAGGAGAAAAACCCUAUAUAUGCACUGAAUGUGGAAAAGCCUUCAUCCAGAAAUCCCAUUUCAAUACACAUCAGAGAAUUCAUACUGGAGAAAAACCUUAUGAAUGCAGUGACUGUGGAAAAUCAUUCAUUAAGAAAUCACAGCUGCAUGUGCAUCAAAGAAUUCAUACAGGAGAAAAACCUUAUAUAUGCACAGAAUGUGGAAAGGUCUUUACUCAUAGGACAAAUCUCACUACACAUCAGAAAACUCAUACUGGAGAGAAGCCAUAUAUGUGUGCUGAAUGUGGGAAGGCUUUCAGUGAUCAGUCAAAUCUCAUUAAACACCAGAAAACUCAUACUGGAGAGAAACCCUAUAAAUGCAAUGGCUGUGGAAAGGCCUUCAUAUGGAAGUCACGCCUCAAAAUACAUCAGAAAUCUCAUAUUGGAGAGAGACACUAUGAAUGCAAUGAAUGUGGAAAAGCUUUUAUCCAGAAAUCAACACUCAGUGUACAUCAGAGAAUCCAUACAGGAGAAAAACCCUAUGCUUGUCCUGAAUGUGGGAAGGCCUUCAUCCAAAAAUCACACUUUAUUGCACACCAUAGAAUUCAUACUGGAGAGAAGCCUUACGCGUGCAGUGACUGUGGGAAAUGCUUCACAAAGAAGUCACAACUCCGAGUGCAUCAAAAAAUUCACACAGGAGAGAAACCCAACAUAUGUGCUGAAUGUGGAAAGGCUUUCACUGACAGGUCGAAUCUCAUAACACACCAGAAAAUCCAUACUAGAGAGAAACCUUAUAAAUGUAGUGAUUGUGGAAAAUCCUUCACCUGGAAGUCACGCCUCUCUAUCCAUCAGAAAUCUCAUACUGGAGAGAGACACUAUGAAUGCAGUAAAUGUGGGAAAGCUUUCAUCCAGAAAGCAACACUAAGUAUGCAUCAGAUAAUUCACACAAGAAAGAAAGCUUAUGCUUGCACACAAUGUCAGAAGGCCUUCACAGACAGAUCAAAUCUUAUUAAACAUCAGAAAACUCAUAAUGGUCAUCAACAAUAUCAAUCUAGCAAAUGCUUCCCCUUCAACCCACUCCCAUUUGUACAGGAUAUCAUUGCACAAGUGUGGAACUUAUGGUUUGUCUCAACCACUUGGUAA